GUUGGAACCGAGGAAUGAUUCAUAUAGUUUAAACUGAAAAAAUGGCUACACUCAUGGAAUUCAUUUUAUCUGUUUUGCUCUUAUCUGCGACUGUGCAUUCGGAAGAACCAGCUUGGUAUAUUUCAGGUGUUAACGUUGCACCGGGAAAACCUGCAAGCCAAAUUCCGGGUACACAUGGGGAUAUAAAAGCAUCAUCUGCGGUUAAUGAAGACAUUACGGAACUCCAGCAUAGUGUUCCAUGCGCUAACUUAAACUUUAAGCGACAUGGUCAAUAUUUCUUUUUUUGGGACGCGAAACUCCGAGGCUCUUACUUUAUAUCAGGAAUAAGGAUAUAUCACAAAGACAACGGAGCUCGUGAAAAGCUGUACGGAUUGACGAUUGUGACCUUUUUUCAAAGUUGGAAAACUGUGUUUGCAGACAAUGAAACGCACCUUUCGCGGUGCACAGAAUAUCAUGAACGAAAGGACAAACCGCUGGUAUGUCAAGAUAUAAUAGAUGUCGCACUGGAACCUCCUGUUCAAGCCGACUUUGUCAGACUGAGGUCGAAACAUAACGUGACCCUCUGCGAUGUAGAAAUCGUAGCAGUCGCCUGCAGACACCCAUUUGUUCCAAAUGGUAACACGAAUGCAACGGAUAAAUCCUUUACUGGAACAAACAUACUCCUACAAUGUGUUUCGGGUUAUAUUGCAAGCACAUCGACCUCAGUAUGCACUUCUCGGGGAACAUGGCAUCCUAAACUAGUAUGUGCUAACGGGAAUACUAAGAGAAUAUGCGCUGAUCAUCAAGUAUUGACAAGGUUCAACUCAUCAGUCUGUGAAAACGGUUACGAACUUCGUGAUUCUGCUGAGCGGACGUGUCUUGAGAAUGGGUCUUGGUCAGGCACUACACCGAAUUGUGAAAAAAUCCGGUGCACAAAUCAAACCAUUCUUAAAGAUUUAUAUCAAAACACGAAAGAACUUUUAUUUGGAGACGAAUUUAUUGCAGUAUACAACAGCAAACAAUUUUAUCUGGUGAAUGGUUCUUCGGACGUUGUAUGUGCAGCCAACGGCAGCCUAAGAUGGGCUGCACAGCAACCAUACCUUGCUUCUAUAUGUAUAGCGCAGAAAAACGGUCAUUUUUGGGCAAAGACGAGAGAUUGCCUCCGUGACGAUAAGUGUGAGGUAGGAGAAACGAUAACGUUUGAAUGUAGAGAAGACUUUCAAAUGAUGCAAAUAAAUGCAACCUGCCUUUCGAAUUACACAUGGAGCUCUGCGCCCAUUUGCACACCACUGUCUCUACUCAAAUCAACAGGAACUAUAAUUGGCGGCUCUGCAGCUGUUGGUGUAGUUGGAAUCCCGAGUGUGAUAGCUUUUCUGUUGUUUCUGUACAAAAGGAGGUUACGAAAAGGCAAAUCGAAAACCCUACACGAAAAACCAGACGAACCAAUGGAAGACUGGCGUGUUUAUUUAGAAACCAAUGAAACACACAAAACUGAUCGAAAAAAUGGUGAGGACCCUGAGCUGUCAAGUUCCGAUACCUACCUAACGCCUGUGGUCACUGAUAACAACUAUUAUGAGAAUGUGUUUGUGUACGAGUCAAUCGAGUGACUGAAAAACUUAAAUUGGAUCUACGUUAUACUUAGUGCAAAACAUUCCCAUAUAUAUCACUUACGACUUUUUUCAGCUAGGCUUAGCAUGAGCGGCCCUAGCAUCAUUUUCAGUCAGUUACACAUUCAGCUAUGUAUUGGACUUGGCAGAUGCAAUGCACAUGUGUAUUUAUCUUACUUAUAAAUCAUUAAAUGCCUGAGACAACAAACCAAUUAAGAUCAAAUUAAAGAAAACUUUGGACAAUAAUGAUUCGAUUAUAUGCUAUUUCGUUUUUAUAACUAUUAGAAAACAGGUACUCUUGUUUUUAACUGGACUUGGUUCCCUCCAUUACCAUUGGAGGAAGAGGCAAGAAUUAAGGGCUUAAAAGUUAAACUAAAGUACAUAAAGUAUUUAAAAAAUGAUAUGAUUAAGCUAAAAUGUGUGAUUUAAAAAAACAUGACAUAUCCAAAGCUUAAGUUUGGGUAAAAAAUACUUAAUUUUAAUGAAAAGUUAAGGAUAAGAUUUUAUAAUAAUGUUCGUGCAUGCCUUUUAAAUUAUUUUGCUCAUAUUGAUGUGAUACAAAUAAAUCAUUAAUUCAAGUGUUUUGUGGUUUAUAUGAAGCUAGUUGAAUGUAUUAUAUAAUUAUUAGUAUAUCUUUAUCUAUGACUGUUUGUAGUAGUGUAAAAUAAAUAUUUCAUGAUUGUCA